AUGACAGAUUUUCUUUUCAGAGUACCAAGUGAUUGUAAAGAAGUCCUUGAUAAGUUUCCUGAGGCUAAAAGUGGACUAAAUGAGAUAGAACUUUGGAAAUCUGGGAAGAUUCUGACCGUGAAUUGUGACAUGGAAACCGAAGGCGGUGGUUGGACGCUAUUUCAUAGGCGAAUAGACGGAACAGUGGACUUUUAUCGCAACUUUACAGAGUAUGAGAAUGGCUUUGGGAGCGUUGAUGGAGAGUUUUGGCUAGGUUUAAAGUAUAUACAAGAACUAGCUGAACAAGGUUCUAUAGAGAUUCGUCUUGAUAUGACAAGAAAUGAUAGUACAACAGGACAAGAAACUUGUCCAGACUUUAUGUUAACAGAAGGAACAAAUUAUACACUAACCAUUGGGUCAUGCACACGUUCUGGAAUGGAAAGUAAUUUAUCCUGACAGUGUUUGUCUUCUUUUCUUACAUAUUUUGUUCACUUUGCUAACUGAAAGCACAACAGCUUUAA